AUGAGCCUCGGGAGACAAUUAGCCUCGGCAUCGAGACGCUACUCAUCGUAUCCGGCCUCAAAGACAAUCCGUCAGAACUCUCUCCAAGAUCUGUACAAACUGCACAAGAACAAAGAGCCGAUAACGGUGAUAACGGCGCACGACUACAUCACAGGGAGGUUUGCUGAGGCGAGUCCGGGAAUUGACGCCAUCCUUGUGGGCGACUCGCUGUCGAUGGUCGCCAAGGGCCAUCCAUCCACGCUCGAGCUCGACUUUGACGACUUCUACCACUCUACGGCGUCGGUGCUGAGAGCGGUGAGAGAGAAAUUCGUCAUUGUCGAUAUGCCUUUCGGGUCGUUCGAAGAGUCGGUUGAGCAGUGCACCCGCUCCGCCGUCAAAUUGAUGAAGUUGGGCAAAGUCGGGUCGGUCAAGAUAGAGGGCUCCUACGAAAUGACGGACCGGAUAAGAAGCUUGACCAACGCAGGAAUACCCGUGACGGGACACAUCGGGCUGCAGCCGCAGAAGUUCAACAUGCUGGGCGGAUUCAAGGCGCAGGGAAGAAACGCCUUGGGCGCUUUGGACAUCUACAAACAGGCGCUUCAUCUACAGAAAAUAGGCUGCAAGAUGCUACUCUUUGAGUGCAUCCCGGAGAAGGUCGCAGCCUUCAUCACCGACCGUGUGGACGUACCCACCAUCGGAAUUGGGGCAGGCAACUCCACCAGCGGACAGGUGCUUGUCAUGGCAGACGCGUUGGGCAUGUCCGAUGGCAAGAAAGCCAAGUUUGUCAAGUCCUACUUGGACAUAAACUCGCUUGCCGUAGAUGCCUUGACGAGAUACUCGGCGGACGUCAAGAGCAAAUCGUUCCCGAACUCUGAACUGCACACCUAUCCAAUGAAGGAUGAAGAAUUUGAUGAGUUCGAAAGAAUGGCAAAGGAUCUAUAA